CUCUGGCUUGGCGAAUGUAUCUAUUUAAAGAUGGCGACCUCCGUGAUCAAGUUCUUUUCAUUUGUAUUCCACACUUGAAAUUCCUUGGGUUUUUUUAACAUCAUUUUGGGACUUAAGAAAGAGAAAAGAGUAUAAACAUAUUGCUCGAAAGAUGGUGUCUGAACUGAGAUCACGUAAACUGAAAUCUACCGGCGAUAAAGCCUUGAAUUCCGAAGGGAAAAAUAGCAAAGAUGAAGCGGAUGCAAAAUCAGCCGGCAGCAGCAGUUUCAUCCACCGCCUGAUUGAAUGGGACAGGGCGGCCACACUGACAUGCAGCAUCUGUGCUUCAUCCGACUCUGGCUACCUCAGAUAUUUCUUCCAAUUCCUGGAGAUAUCUGGCCAUGGUGUGCCGUGGAUUGCAAUUCCCGUCGCCCUGAUGUGUUACUCUGCCGACCCGUGGCUGCUUGAACUGUUGUUGAAUCUUUUGGCAGGUAUUUUCCUAGAUCUUCUCGUCAGCUUCAUUCUGAAAGCAAUUGUCAGGCGACACCGACCCUCCGUCAACCAGAACGACAUGUUCUUUGCAGUAUCAGUGGACAACAAAUUCUCAUUCCCCUCCGGCCACUGCACACGCGUCGGCAUGCUGGCGUAUUUCUUCAUUGCAAACCUCAAUCUCACAGUGUUCAAAAUGGCACUGUAUUUACUAUGGACUGUAGGCAUUGCUGCAUCUAGACUUUGCUUAGGUCGUCAUUAUGUCACCGAUGUUACUUGUGGGAUACUCAUAGGUCUUUUACAAGGAAUCUUUAUUCAGCAUUAUUGGAUGCCUGUUGAAAAUUUCUACUAUCUGAAGACUUAUUUUACUUAAAUGAAAACAUGGAAUUUUAAAUAACAGAGUAUUAGCUUUUAGUAAGUGUUUUAAAAGCAAAGUACAUGUACAUGUAUUGUAAAGAUAUAAGUGUGCCUAAAUUGAUUUGUAAUUAUGGGCAUAGAUAUGCAUGCUGGAAUUAUAUGUACUGUUUUGACUUGGCUAGAUGCAUACAAUUAUCGUCUGGUUUUAGAGAAAAUAGCUCUGUUAAAAGUACAUAUCGAAAGUCACUUCUUUUUUGAUGCACAAUUUAUUAUUAUUGGUAUCUUUUUGGAUUUCACCACCAGGUAUUGAAGAGAUUAAUGCAUAUUUGUUAUUUCUAUACCAGUUUUUUUUUUAUGAACAAUUUGUGAGACCUCUUCAUCCAUUACUAGAGGAAUGUUGAUCCACUGAUGAUAUAGAGCGGGUGUUGUCAAUUUGAAUGAUGAUCAAAAACUGAUCAGUGUGACUUGAAUAAUUACUAAAUACACUGAAGACACAAUGAAAUACAUGUACAUUGUACAUGCACUGAGUUGGAGAAUGAUUGUUUCCUUAGCCUCUACUAUGUAAUUUGUAUUCAGACUUUUCAGUGAAAUAAAGGACUAUUUUCUCAGCACGUUGCAUA